UUCAAACACUGCGCACUGCUACUCCACACAAGCUGCCCCGUCACACAACUCCCAUCCAGAGAGGAGGAAAAUCUGCGCAACAUGGAUUCUGAGGAAAUGUACAUUGCGGCACUUAAAGAAAAAGCCUGUGAACUGGUAGAAACUGCCAUGAGAAAUGCCCAGGACAGCCUGAGAAGCCUACACACGGGGCAAGGGGAGGAAAGGGUUAAAGAGCAGGAACAUGACGCGAAGAACAUCCCAUGGCUCUCGUGUCAGGACUUCACUGUGGAGCUGGGCAAGAAGCAAAUAGAAGAAUAUGUCUCGACAUGGGAAUUCCACGAGAGCUGGUUGUACUGCACAGAUUUCCUGAGAGAAGAAGAGACCGAGUUCAGUAAGCUGUUCCAUUAUAGGAUGAGAUGGAGCAUCCCAACCUGUAGGAAGCCAAUUCCCAGGGCGACGGCCUGCAUCUACUUUACUGUAAAGAUCUCCAAAAUUAAACCUCCCACUUUACCAGUUGAAGUUUUCUUUGUCUUCGAAUCCAACAGACUUGUUCACAGACCUGGAGAGACAAGAUUCAGAGAAAAAUGGUUGAAGGACAUCAUCGAAAGCAAGUUGAUAAUGAUAAACAGUAUUACAUUUUAAUGUAUUGCACAACUCUCGGUAAACACUUUCAUGCCAAACUAUACAAUUUGUAUAAAUAGCCACAGUGAGGUUGGUGUCACACAUUGGUUUUCCUGGCAAUGUUGAGGUGUUUUGCAUUAUUUGCAGGCCGAGAAAUACCAUCUCCAGCUGUUAUAUGGAAGUCUAUGGGAAAGAUUCAAUGAAGGAAUAGUGGAAUAGCGUUUUUUGACACUUGCAGUGUAUUUAUUUUUAUUUUAUUGCAGCAUGCUUUGGCCAUGGCAUUUUUUAAUGGUGUUUUUGUGUGCCUUUUUUGUACCAGUGUAUUCUUCCCUGGCUGCUUUACACAGGAAGCGACAUUACAGGGGGAUAUGUAUUUUCAUACAUAUAACAUAAGCCAUACGAAAAAACGCCAUGUGCUCAAACACACUUUUUGGCUAAAAACACAAAAAUGCCUCAAAAACGCUCCCAGGAAAGUUGACAAAUCAUCUUUAAAGUUUUUUUUUUCUGAGAUUGUAAUACUGACGACUAUCCUCUGGAUAGGUCAUCAGUAUCUGAUCGGUGG